CCCCGCGGGGACGUCAGUAUUGGCGGUUAAAAUCGUCAUGAGUACAUUCGCUACGUCGUACAUCGUUCUUUGGGGAAACUAAUCACUUAUUGUAUUUGUACGUCGCUCCUGAGCGGAUCUUAAAUGAACGAAUCUUCAGUUCUUCACAACGCCAGCUGAGUGAACGAGUCCAUUCUCACUCCACCACCUUCACGGCGUUGCUUGACGCUGGCUCCUCAUUGGUCAUUCGCUGGCGAAUCGCAAAUCACCUGGCAGUGGGCAAAUGAAGUGUCCCCCAGGCUUGCACGCCGGCUGCUCAUUGGUCAUUCGCUGAAUAUUCAGACGUGACUGACGUCUCCGCUCCCACAGCGGCUGCCAAGAUAAAGGAACAAAUCACUCGAGCUCCAGUCCAGGAACUCAAGGAUAUCUCCAGACCUUAGCAAGAGCUAACCUUUUGGCUAACACUGUGCUGGGUUUAAUCAGGGCCCCUCCUCUUUCUGGUCGGCCUCCUCCUCUUCAUCCUCCAGGCCGUUGUGACCUUCCAGUCGCGCACACACGGCGGGGAGCUCACAGCAGCGAGUCACCAGAAAGAGUCGACAUUAUUUGUGUGUGAGGCUUUUGAAGCUGUCGAUGCGAGCGGAUGAAGACGUUCUAAUCCGUUACAUAAGAGAAGACAGCAGCAGGGGAGAGCAAACAAUCCGGGCCAACGUCUGCCACAGACAUGGGCCGUCAGGAGGCCGACGGCGUGAGGAAAAAGAACACGCAAGACAUCCGGGAGAUUUUUGACUUCAUUGAGGAGUUGGGAUCGGGCGCCUUCUCCGAGGUCUUUAUGGUACGGGAGAAGAAGACGGGAAGGACUUUUGCGAUGAAAUGCAUCAAGAAGAAACAAUGCAUUGACACCAAUCUGGAGAACGAGAUCGCCGUGCUAACGAGAAUACAACAUGAGAAUGUGGUGGGGAUGGAAGAUUUCUAUGAAAGUCAGACUCAUUUCUACCUGAUCAUGCAACUCGUGUCUGGCGGCGAGCUCUUUGACCGUAUCCUGGAGCGAGGCGUGUACUCUGAGAUGGACGCCAGCCGCGUGAUCCAACAGGUGCUUUGUGCUGUCAGCUACCUGCAUCACAACGACAUUGUGCAUCGGGACCUCAAGCCGGAGAACAUCCUGUACUACAGCCCGGAGGAGAACUCCAAGAUCAUGAUCAGUGAUUUCGGUUUGUCCAAAAUGUUGGACAAGGGUGUCAUGUCCACUGCCUGUGGCACUCCGGGUUAUGUUGCUCCUGAAGUGUUGGCACAGAAACCUUACAGCAAGGCAGUGGACUGCUGGUCUAUCGGUGUGAUCACGUACAUCUUAUUGUGCGGAUAUCCCCCGUUCUACGAAGACAGCGAGACGCGCCUCUUCUUCAAGAUCACUCAGGCUCAGUACGAGUUUGACUCGCCAUUCUGGGAUGACAUUUCCGAAUCGGCCAAAGACUUCAUCCGCAACAUGAUGCAGAAGAAUCCCCUCAAGCGCUACACCUCUGAGCAAGCGCUCAGGCACCCCUGGAUCACCGGAAAGACGGCGCGGAGCCGGGACAUCUACGAUUCGGUCAGCGAGCAGAUCCAGAAGAACUUUGCCAGGUCCAAGUGGAAGCGAGCCUUCAACGCCACCGUGGCCGUCAACCACAUGAAGAAACUGCAGCUGUCCCACGCCAAGCGGCUACCCGAGGCCGCUGGCGUCCCGAACACCCAGGGAGUCGAUGAGUCCCCUCCGGUCUCACGACGCAAGCGUCUCGAUCCCGAGGAGGAGACCGAAGCGCCCGGGGAUCACUCCAGCACGCUCGCCGGCCACGUGGACUUGAAAUGCCGCUUUCGUCCGCUGAAAGCCAGCCAGAGUGCACACCGCUCACCCGCCGUUGCUGAGCAGGGGAAGUACAUCUACCACUCGGAGCCCGCCAACCUCAACGGAUAUGACAAAACCAGAAUCGGCAAGACCCUUCAGACCAGCGUUUGCGCCGUCAUGUGAAGCUCAAUUGAAUUUGACUCGGGGGAUAAAAAAAACUCUUUUCACAGUCAGUGUGGUUGGCUUGACUCGGCUUGCAGCUGUUUUUCUGUCUACAGCGCCACCUGGUGCUGGGAAGGGGAAGCGGUUGAUCCUGUGACGAGACCCCCUGGCCCCCAGGUCUCGAGCUACUCCAACCACUGGGACAGAUUUGCCAUUUAGAUUUAGUGCUCUAGAUACGAAAGUGCCGAUGAGACCUUCCACAAAUGAGUAAACACAUAUUUGCACAAAUAGACCCAGGUAAUAGCGUCCACUCAGAUUAAAGCGCAAUGAUGGGCUCGCUUUACGCAGCCCUUAUGCUUCCUGUCACGUGUCAGACCAAAUCGAUUACAGUGGGCAACACGAUUUUUGUUUAGUGCUGAAUACAAGCUGUUUUCAACUAAUUUUAGGGUGACGAAUCCAAAACCGAUCAGUUUUUCUCUAUCACGUCAAAUUUUUCAACUAUAAUCCCCAGUUUCUUAAAAAGUAUGAAAAAUACUAUACUUAACAGAUAUGAGCCUGUUUUAUAAAACCUUUCAAAUAUUGACAUACAAUUAAAUGUGAAACACAACAGGCAUAACUGCUUUGUUUAUUUAACACUAUUUUGUUUGCCAAAGGAUAUGGCACAAAUCCAUUUAAUUCCUAUUUUGCACGUUUUCCGUAUGCACAGUUUUUUUUUGCAAAGUAUGUAAAAAAUAAAAAAAUAAAUAAAUAAAUACAUAAAGCGGCAGAUUAUCUGAAGCUCAUUCAUACUGAAAAUUUUGACUCGCCUCCCCCAAAAAAAAGAAAAAAAAAAACACCCAGCGGGCAGCUCCCCAUGACCUGAAAAAACAACAACUUAUAGUGAUGUUAUGUAUGUAUCAGGCAUUUUCAGAACAACUAACUGAAAUAAAGUGCUGUAUGCAAAAACAAUUCCAACAAGACUAUUGCACAAUACGGAAGCGAAUU